UGCAACCACCGUCAACGCAGCACCCCAUAUCUCGGCCUCUGCAACGCGAGAUACCCCGAGGUCUGAUGCCAAGAUGAAUACCAGCUACCCCACUUCCCCACAGACAGCUAUCUGCUUCCCCAUGGGAUGGAUAAUUUCACUCCGGCUGAUUCGUUGGAUGAACUUGCAUACAUGCAUGUAUACUACCAGACACACAAGAUGGCGUGGGAUGUACAGUAUAUAUACUAGCUUCCUAACCUCUGCAAAAAGUGGGAUGUGUUUUUGUUCCUCUCUUCAUUUAUGUCCACACUCAUUCCCUCUCUGACCGGCGAAACCACAAAUUCAGAGUCCAAGAUCAAUAUGUCCGCCGCAAUCGAAGAUGCACCUCCGCCGCCCAAGACACAGAAAAUGGAGGACAAGUUCCCAAAACCUGUUUCCGAAAUAUUGCACGUCGAGCAUAUGCUUGAAUCAGGAAAUGACAAACCAGAUCAUAUGGACUAUGGACGUGUUGAUUCUGAAGUUGCUAAAUAUACCAGCGACGUGCUUAUCCACAUAAGCGAAGAAGAAAACCACAGACUGAAAAAACUUAUCAAUAGACGAGUAUUGGUUAUAAUGAUCGUAACAUAUUUUAUACAAGCGCUGGAUAAAGGAACAUUGGCUUUUACAUCGAUUAUGGGUAUCAGGGCAGAUGCUCAUGUAUCUGAUUCACAAGUAUUAUCCCAUCUGAACAGCUCUCGAAUCUGAACACUCGCUGAUAAAGAACUAGUAUCCAUGGCUCACGACCUGUAUAUAUAUCGGGAUUCUGGCCGUCGAAUACCCAACCAACUGGGUCCUUCAACGAGUACCAAUUGCCAAGUAUCUGGGCAUAAACGUCUGUGUUUGGAGUAUAGUACUCUCUAUGCAUGCCCUCUGUCAUAAUUUCGAAAGUCUACUCGUUACCCGCACUCUUCUUGGAAUCUUCGAAGCAGCGUGUCAGCCCAUAUUCGUAGUCUUAUCUAGCAUGUGGUACAAAAGAGAAGAACAAGCAGGCGUAGUGAUAUAUUGGUACAUGAUGAAUGUAUGCACAUCAUUGGAGCCCCCCCAAAUCCGCUGUAAGAAUCCCCAUCUAACGAGAGAGAAAAAACGCAGGGCGCUCAACAAAUCGUCGGCGGACUCCUCGCCUACUGUUUCACGCUCCUGAAAUCCGGCCCCCUCAAAUCCUGGCAAGCCAUCUUCGUCGCCUACGCCUGUCUCUCCUUCCUCUGGGGAAUCUUCAUCCUAGUCUGGAUGCCAGACUCGCCUAUGCGCGCCAAAUGUUUCAGCGAACCCGACAAAAGACUCAUGGUCGAACGAGUCCGCUCCAACCAAACCGGCAUGCAAAACCGCAAAUUCCGCAUCGAGCAUGUCAAGGACGCGCUGACCGAUCCGCAAAUGUACUGUUACUGUCUAAUUGCCAUCUGUACGACGUUGCCCACGAGUGGCCUGGGUGCAUUCGCCAAUAUCAUCAUUACGGGAUUUAACUUUACGGUGUUGCAAACGCAGCUUUUGUCAAUGGUUUUAGGGUUUUACAUCAUCAUUGUAUUAUUAUCAAGCCAUUUUUUGGUGAAGAAGUAUAAUCAAAAUAUUCUAGUCAUGACAUUCUACCUCAUGCCGUAAGUGCAAACAUUGCAUCUCACCACAUACAAUAAUACUAAGCUCCAAGAUCUAGAUCAUUCAUCGGCACCAUCAUCCUCAUGACAAUCCGCAACACGAAUUUCAGCACGAAAGUCGGGCUCCUGAUUUCCUACUACAUAACCCUCUCAUUCUGGUCCACUGCCACUCUUUCCCUGACUCUCAUGUCCCGUAACGUCGCCGGCCAAACCAAGAAGACCAUAGUCGUAGCUGCAAACUUCAUAAGUUGGGCUGCGGGAAAUGCGGUUGGUCCUCAGGUGUUUCUGAAAAAUGAUGCGCCGCGAUACUUUAUAGCCUUUGCUACUCACCUUGGUUGCUACGCGCUGCUUCUUUUAGUGCUGGUUUUUCUGAGAUGGCAUCUGAUGAGAGAAAACAGAAAGAGAGAUGAGUUGGCUGAGGCGGGAGUGAGACAGGCCAAUGAUCGGGACAUGGUACAUGCGUUUGAUGAUUUGACGGAUAGAGAAAACCCUAACUUUAGAUAUGUGUAUUGAGAUGAAGGGAUUGGUGUUAGAAUAGACUAUGUAGCUUGCCGGGACAGGGCUAUUUGAUCAAAUGAUAAUCACGACGAUGCAUGCAUAUAUAAUUCCAAAACACGUGUAUGAAAACCGCUUUUUGGAUCUAUCAUGGUAAUAAAAGGGAAUGAGGACAUAGAGACAAGCCUUCACAUAUUACCAAAUGGCCACCAU